AUGGAAUACACAGAGAUGUUGAGGGCUGCAGUAGAAGCCAAUGAAUUAAUCAUGCUAACUGCCGAGUUACCCCAGAAUGGACAAGCCAGAGGUAGUCAGUCUAUUUCCUUUCCUUUCCUUCCCUUUACCUCGAUGAAGUACGAGUUCAAACGGUGUUUUGACGCUAACCAAUCUCCGCAUCACACUGGUCACUUAUCAGAUGAACCUCUUGCUCGACUGAUCGAAUCAACAAAAGGUGGAAUUGAACACUGCAAGCGCUUCACAUGGAAGAGGCUUGGAUUCUAUUAUCCAAAACCAGAUUGGACAAUUGAUACUUACGAGACACUUCUAAAGGACUUCAAGGCUAAUAAAAACCAUACUAAGGGUCUUCACUUUUGUCUUGACUCUUUAACAAGAUCUCCAAAUCAAGCUUCUUCAGCCAGGUUGAUGGAAUUAGCUAUGGAGGUUAUUAAAAUCAGUCAUAGUACUCAAAUCGACGAGCUUGCUAUUGGAAUCAACCUACCCACUGUUUAUAAUGAAAGCGCUCCAAAUCCUUCGAGCGUUUUAUUCUCGAUGAUGGGAAAGAUACCUAGUUUUCAAAACCUCACUACUUUCAUCUUCGUCAGUGACUGCAAGGUUCCAUUCUCAGAAUCAUUUAUGGCUUGGAUCAUUAGUCAGUUACCCAACCUGCGAUAUCUGAGUCUUUGUAUACGUGAUGGAUUCGAGGAACAAGGGAUGUAUGGUCCAAAAGCUGACCUAGGUGAAGCUCUCGCUUCACGAACAAAGCUCGUAUCUUUAGAUCUAAAAUUUUCAGCUUUACCUAAACCAGAAUGGCUCGAGUUAUUUUGGAGACCUCAACUAGAAGGUCUAUCAAUUGAACUAGGUGGAACUCAUCAGCACACUACACCAACUGUCCUUGGUUUUUGUCACCUUUUUUGCAACAGCUUAGGUCGACUCGGUAUCACAGGUUCACCUGCGCAACUGAGUGAAGAAGAAAAAUUAUUAGGACACCAGUUCAUGUCACUCAAAUCGCUUACCAUUCAAGAAACAGACUCAGACACAUCCUAUCUAUCUGUCUUCUCUCUAUGUCCCUCAAUAGAGUUUUUAACUUGGUUAGCCGAUCCAAGCUUAGCUGAAAACCUUUGGUUCAAAUUUAAACAAGAGUAUUGCCCAAAUGCAAAAAGGUGGAAAAAGUUAGAAUGUAUUGCAAUUCCAGAGAACUAUAACACAAAUCCAACUGGUGUUUUAUGGUGUAAGGAUCUUGAAAAUUAUUUAUAUAGGAAAUCAGUUCAUUUGGCAUUUACCGAUAAGGUCUUAAAACCCAAUAGUUAUGUAGAAGCUAUGACGGAUUUAAAUUCAACAAUUUAUUACGAUCCUCCUUAUGCUCAUCUCUGA